CCGGCGUGGGGCUAUGGGCGGCAGCGGCUGAGACGGCCCGAGGGGAGCGGAGCGGAGCGGAGCGGAGCGUGGGGCGGGGCGCGGUGCCGCCGCCGCCGCUGGCGGGAGCGGCCGUGGGGUGGUGACUGGGUGCGGUAUUCCCCGGUCCGGUGAAAUCAGCCUGCGGGAGCGCGGUCCGGGGACUCUGAGGCGGGUGUUUCUGGCGGCCCGAGCGCCGCGCCCUUCCCCUGCCCCAUGUCGGCGUGGCUCGGCCGGGCGGCGCUGCUGCUGGGGCGGCCGGGGGGCCCCGCCGUUGCUGCUGCUGCCGCCGUCGCCGCCGCACCCUCCUCCUGCCUGGGCUCGCUGCGUGGCUCGCCGCGCUGCUGUUGCCGCCGCCGCCUGGGCAGCCUGAGAGGCGGCGCCGAGGGGCUGCUUCUCCCGCGGGGGUCGUCGCCGCCACCGCCCGGGCGGGCGCUGGGCACCCACCCCAAGAAGGAGCCGAUGGAGGCGUUGAACACGGCGCAGGGAGCCCGCGACUUCAUCUACAGCCUGCACUCCACCGAGCGGAGCUGCCUGCUGCGAGAGCUGCACCGCUUCGAGUCCAUCGCCAUCGCCCAAGACCCCAUAUCAGCUAGGGGAAGCUGUCAGCAAUAUGGGGAGACCUGGGCACAUCAAGAACCAAAUGGGGCCUGUUCCUCAGCCCAUUCCCAGGCCUACCACCAGAAGGAUGCAGUUCCAUCAACUAAUUGCCCUAGCGCGAAAUAUGACAGGACACACUAUCUGUGGCCUCCGCUAAUGGCAGAGGCUACAGGGAAACCCAUCCUUUGCUGCGGCUGCUACGCUGAAGGACGGUCCUCAGAGAAGUUGGAGGUUGCACCACCAUCUCCAGGACAACUGAAACAUGUGUUCUUCCACAAUGCAUUACCUUUUGUAGGGUUUGGAUUUUUGGAUAACGCAAUUAUGAUUGCUGCGGGAACCCAAAUAGAGUUGUCAAUUGGAGUUGUCCUAGGAAUUUCAACUAUGGCAGCUGCUGCUUUGGGAAACCUUGUUUCAGAUUUAGCUGGACUGGGUCUUGCAGGUUAUGUAGAAGCUUUAGCUUCACGACUGGGUCUGUCAAUCCCUGAUCUGACACCCAAACAAGCUGAUAUGUGGCAAACACGUCUCAGUGCACACUUGGGUAAAGCUAUUGGAGUGACCAUUGGCUGCAUUUUAGGAAUGUUUCCUUUGUUGUUCUUUGGCGAUGAGGAAGAAAAACUGGAAGAAAAAAAUUAACCUUUUUACAAGACAUAUACAGAUGUAAACGACUGUACCUCAAUUAUUCAAUUAUGCUGUCGAUAUUUAGGAAUUAACAGACAGUAAAAAAUGUAUAGACUUGGGAACAAAACCUUCAGCAUGUUGUUUUAUGGAAACACUAAUUUAUUGUGGCUUUGUUGUGUUCAGUACUUCUUUUUAUAAGAUAUCAUCUAACUUUUUAUUUAAUUGUCAGUUUUUGAAGUGUUUUCACUUAUGGCAACUGAUGUUUACCACUUUUCCCCUUUGACCUUAUUCUUGAAUGGAUUAUUACUUUAAUAAUCCACCAUGGAUGACAGUAUCACUCUUGAGUUGCAUAUUGGUUGCUUAACAGUUGUAAUUGCAUGACAAAAAUUUCACUGCUGUUCAUCAGGUCCUUCAAUGCAGAUUAUGAAGGAGGUCAGUGAUGAGUGAAGUCCCUCACUUUGCAAGAUGACUGGUUGCCCCUCACCAGCCAUCGUUUUGCACUGCCUUUGGAUCAGAUAGUUCAGUGAUCUAUGACAGCCUAGUUUGCUUUUUUUCCCCAAUUCUGACUAAGUGUCUCUGAAUUGUCUUCUGAGAUGAUAAUUUUAAUGCUUUGACAAGGUAAGUGUUUCCAGUGUAGACUCUUUACCAAGUCAAUUUUUUUAGUGGUAUUUUAACACUUUCUGUACUUUCAUAUUUACACCUUUUUUUCCUCAUUUGUAAACAAUUCUUUUGAGAAUUGAGUUGAGAUAUCCUUAAAUUUGUCAUCUUGAGUUUUGAGUCUAGUAUUAAAGAAUUCAGACCAACUGUUUCAAAACCUCAAACAACUUUUUUUAUUGUUCUACUUAAAAUAAGAUGUGAAUAGUUGAUUGGGUGGACGAGGCUGGGGAAAGCUUCAGGGUGUGAAUGAGUGCUGGCAUUGCAAGUUGGUAAUGGGUGUUUCCGUUGAAACAAAGUGUACCAUCAGUCUGGAUUAGAGGACCUGAUUUGCAGAUUAUAACUUUGUAUUUAAGAUUAAGCCUUUACUACUUUUUUUUUUUGCUGUGAGACAAUUAGUAAAAAAAACUACAACAAAAACAAAAAAGGAGACUUGAGGCCUUUUUUCCUUUUUUGCCUUUUAUUUUUGCAGUCUUACUUUGUGUAUUAUAGAUCUGACAGUGCAGUCACAUGUGACUGCUUUUUUUAUAUGGUCAUGAAUAAAUUGAUUACAACUAUCAAAUACUCAUAAUAUUUCAGGAUCUGACUUGCCAAAAGCAUAAUGCUAAACUGAUAACUGUUGAUUAGAGGAGCGGGUUUCUUACCUGUUGGUACCAUUUGGAAGAGACACUAAAAAGUGAGGCACAGCCAGGGCACUUUGAAAGUUUUAUUGCUGGAAUUGUUAGCACUUCUGAAACUUAGAAAGAAAUGUUUUAAAAAAUAAUAAAAUAAAGCCCCCUGAUGACUUCUAUUUGCUAUAGGAAAAGUCUUAUUGUAACAUGUACGUUUUACAGAGCUCAUUGCUUAUCUCUUGGUGAUAAAUCUGACUUCCCUGUUCUCAUUUCUAGAAGCCCUUUAACACCAGUACUGAAACUUUGACAUCAACUUUUAAUGAAGGCGACAGUGUUGUGUGUUUUGAAAAGCACAGUAGCAUGUCCUGUACUUUGUACAUUAAACAAUGCAAUUCUGGACCAAACUGUAAAACUGAAAGAAAUCUCAGCCAGGCAUAGAACAGAAACACAGAGGAGUUUUGGUUUGCAUUUUCGAAGUUGGAAGCUUUGUAAAACAAACAAACAAAACCCAACAAAAACCAAUCCUGCUAGAAAAUUAUGCACUCUUUCCCCAACAGAUUGCUGCUGGUUUACAGUACUUCAGUGAUCAGGGUUUUUUUAGUCAUCCACACAUUUGUGUUGCCUUUAAACUCUUAACUUUUCUUCCUCUGCAUGUACAUCUGUUUCUGGUAUGUUUUUAUACAAAGCUGGAAGUAUUUCCCACUUGUUCUUUUUUUAAACUGAAGUACACAUCAAAACAGUUCUGUGUAGGUUUUUCGUAGCUGUUUUCACAGUAAUUCCAACAUUUUCCCAUUAUGAUACUGGUGUCUUCAUCGGAAUCUUCCAGCAGUGGCCAAACCUCUGUUCUUUGCCAUCAUACCAACUGGAACACUGUCUUCAUCACUUUUAGAGCUCGUGAGAACAGUCAGAAAGCUGUGUCACUGUCAUUGUAGUGUUAAUUUUAUAACAGCAAUAGGAAAGACCAUGUACUAUUGUUAAAUAGCUUAUGCAUGUAAAUUGAGUACAUUUUGUUGCUGUAUGUCAAACUAUUGUACUACAAACAAUGCUUUUAUCGAGAAUUAAUGAACUAAAAUAUCUUCAAAGAAAUUAAUCAUGUGUCGUCUUGUUAAACUGUUUAGCUGACCACAAAAACGUGGAGGGCAAAUGACACAUGGUAAGAAAUCUUGGAUGUUUCAGGCUGUUGUCUGAUACAAUAAUCAAGAAGGUGACUUCUGGGGUUUCAGUACUUGACAAACGUGAAGAAAUAACUCGUGAUUUGAGAGGAAUAGUACCUCUGCAGGAGGCUGAGAGAAAGUGCUUGUUGGGGCCAAGCUGCCACCCUGAGUAGAGCAGGGGUAGCUUGCGUCGCCUGUGGGAUCCACUCUUGCGUGGAUGUAGUACUGCUUCACGUGCAGUGGGAGAUCUGUGCCUGAUCUGUAUCCUGUCUCCUCACAAGGAGAGUGGUUUUUUCUGGGGUAUAUGGAUAAAAACAAUCCCUGACGCUCUGAUCGCAGUUUUUAAAACACUGAAGUGAGAAGACAGAGCACUAACAAAACACUCCUCUUUGUUUUCUGUUGUCUUCUCCCUCCUUGAUAAAAGGAAAAACAGACACUACAGGCUUAUUCAGAGACUUCAGCAUUGCUCCAUUUUUUUUUUUAUUCUAUCAGUUUGUCCUGUGUUAACAGGUAUUUUUUUGCGUUAACGGGCUGGUAGACCUGAAAUUGUGUUUAUUUUAAAAUGCUGUCUUCUAUUGUAACUUAAAAUAUAAAUGUACUUCUGACUGUAUGUUAUCUCUAGGGACAAAGAACAUGCAUCUGAUAAUAUGGUUACCCAAAUUUUCUCACUAAUAUUUUCUCCUUCAUGUACUUUUGCAUAAAUUAUUUGAAUUCAGACAACAUAUUUUGUAUUGUCUUUAAUUAAAUUGUUGAACUUUCUGUAAACUUUUGUACUACA